AUGGACGCGAUCAAGCCACUUCCUCAGGUCUCCAGCUUCUCCGCUUCGGUCUUUAGCUUCCUCGAUGACAGUUUCAGAGACGCCAAGGAUCUCUCCCAGUCUCCGGCUCUGGUUUCCGGAUUGCAGACCGAGAUUUCCGAAUUGGAUCAGAGAUUGGCCGGGCUGAAUCGCCAGCUCGAGUCCGGUCUUGCCGCUUACGCCUCCUUCUCAGAUCGCGCCGGCGGUCUUUUUUCCGGAGUUAAUGCCAAGUUGGCUGAUCUCUCUUCUUCUGCCUGCGUCCCUCGCUCCGCGUCAGAUGGCGGAAAGGAGGAGGAGACGAUGGAGCUUCCAUCACUGGCAAAGGAGGUCGCACAAGUUGAGUCUGUGCGUGCUUAUGCUGAGACUGCAUUAAAACUUGACACUCUAGUGGGUGAUAUCGAGGAUGCUGUGAUGUCUUCUAUGAAUAAAAACUUGAUAACAUCUCGGUCAAGCAGUUUUGAAGAAGUGCGUCUACAUGCUGUCAACACACUUAAAAAGACGGAAGAGAUACUGAGUUUAGUGGCAAGAAAACAUCCUCGUUGGGCACGUCUUGUUUCUGCAGUUGAUCACAGAGUAGAUAGAGCUUUAGCCAUGCUGAGACCUCAAGCAAUUGCUGAUUACAGAUCCUUGCUUACUUCUCUUAAAUGGCCACAUCAGCUUUCUAACCUGACUUCAUCAAGCCUUGAUUCAAAGUCGGAGAGUGUCCAGAAUCCGCUUUUCAACAUGGCAGGGAAGCUCAAAAGCCAGUACUGUGGGAAUUUCCAUGCCUUGUGCAGCCUGCAGGGGUUGCAGCUGCAAAGAAAGGCGCGACAACUUGGAAGCCAUAAGGGAGAGAAUGUUCUUUUUCACCAGCCACUCUGGGCUAUUGAAGAGCUGGUCAACCCUCUCACAGUUGCAUCUCAGCGUCAUUUUACAAAGUGGAGCGAGAAGCCUGAAUUCAUAUUCGCUCUUGUGUAUAAGAUCACUAGGGACUAUGUGGACUCUAUGGAUGAGUUGUUACAACCGCUCGUUGAUGAAGCAAAACUAGCUGGGUACAGUUGCAGAGAAGAGUGGGUUUCUGCUAUGGUAAGCUCGUUGUCUUUGUACUUGGUGAAAGAGAUAUUCCCUGUAUAUGUUGCUCAGAUAAACGAAGCAAGCGAGACUGAUCUUCGCUCUGAGGCCAAGGUCUCGUGGCUGCAUCUCAUUGACCUGAUGAUCUCUUUUGACAAGCGGGUUCAGUCUCUGGUAUCGCAAUCAGGAAUACUUUCGCUCCAAGAAGACGGGAAUCUUUUGAGGAUUUCAUCUCUCUCAGUUUUCUGUGACAGACCUGAUUGGCUGGAUAUAUGGGCAGAGAUUGAGCUAGAUGAGAGGCUCGUCCAGUUCAAGGCGGAGGUGGAUAACGACAGGAAUUGGACAGUGAAGGUCCAAGACGAACUCAUAUCCACUUCCAACGUUUAUAGACCACCAGUAGUUUGCAGCCUCUUUCUCCAGCACUUAUCGUCAGUAAUCGAACGAUCGAAAUCAGUGCCAGCGGUUUACUUGAGGGCAAGGUUCUUGAGAUUGGCAGCCUCACCAAUAAUUCAGAAGUUUUUGGAUAGCUUACUUCUCAGGUGCCAAUAUGCCGAAGGACUAACUUCUUUAACCGAGAACAACGACCUAAUCAAGGUCUCAAACUCUAUCAACGCUGGUCACUACAUUGAAUCAGUCUUGGAAGAAUGGUGCGAGGAUGUCUUCUUCCUCGAAUUGGGAACUGGUCAGGAAGGUCCAGGAGUGGAUAACUUUACAGAAGCUUCUGAAGGUAUUUUCGGAGACGAGUUUGAGAAGUUGGAGAAGUUCCGGGUAGAGUGGAUAAACAAGUUGUCUGUGGUGGUCGUGAGAGGCUUUGAUGCUCGAACUAGAGAGUACAUGAAAAACAGAAAGCAAUGGCAGGAGAAGAAAGAAAAAGAAUCGACGGUGUCGAGAUCACUAGUUGGUGCUCUAGACUACUUACAAGGGAAAACAUCGAUAAUGGAAGAAAAUCUAAACAAAGCAGACUUCACAGCUAUGUGGAGGAGUCUAGCAUCAGAGAUAGACAAGUUGUUCUUCAACAGCAUAUUGAUGGGGAAUGUGAAGUUUUCUGAUGAUGGAGUCGAAAGGUUUAAAGAGGACAUGGAGGUUCUAUAUGGGGUUUUCAGGGCGUGGUGCGUUAGACCAGAAGGUUUCUUCCCUAAACUAAGUGAAGGGCUAACGCUGCUGAAGAUGGAAGAGAAGCAAGUGAAGGACGGUCUGAGCAAAGGCGAGAAGUGGUUACGCGAGAACAGAGUUCGAUAUCUGAGUGAAGCUGAAGCCAAGAAGGUAGCUAAGAGUAGAGUGUUCUCUUAG